UCGUCACACUGAGGGGAGGCUGAGCAGGAGGAAAGGGGGCGUGGGAAAGCGAAAAGGGCGUGGCCGUUGUAUCUCUAAUACCCUGUCCGACCGGUCUGAGGGGCAAGAUCCGGUGGAAGCUGCGCAGAGCGGUGGGCUUCGCUAGUGGCUCAUGAUCUCUGAAUGAGUCUCCUGCGAGCUGGACCAAUUUUGAAUUUGCUGGUGCCCAACCUUCGAUUUGCCAUGAGCCGUUCAUUGACCACCGGGACUUUCCAGAACACACAACCCCUAAACUACCGUGGGGGUAGUCGUGUGCAGCCAAUCGACUCAGUAGGGGAGGAAAAAGCAUAUGAACCUGCAACAGGUCGUGUUAUUACAACGUUUGCUUGCUCUGGGGAGAAGGAGGUAAAUGAAGCCAUUCAAAGUGCCAGGUCUGCCUUCAAAAUAUGGAGCCAGAAGUCUGGUAUGGAGCGAAGCCGAGUCUUGUUAGAGGCUGCUCGUAUCAUCAGGGAGCGCAGUGAGGAAAUUGCUGCAAUGGAAACUAUAAAUAAUGGGAAGUCUAUCUUUGAAGCCAGAGUGGACGUGGAGAUAUCAUGGCAGACCCUAGAGUACUACGCAGGACAUGCUGGGGCCAUGGCAGGUCAACAUGUACAGCUCGCAGGGGGGUCUUUUGCCUAUACUAGACGUGAACCCCUGGGAGUGUGUGUGGGGAUUGGAGCUUGGAAUUACCCUUUCCAAAUUGCAUGUUGGAAAGCAGGACCUGCCUUGGCAUGUGGUAACGCCAUGGUGUAUAAGCCAUCCCCCUUCACUCCUGUGUCUGUAGUCCUGCUAGCUGAGAUCUUUGCAGAGGCCGGAGUUCCCACUGGACUUUUUAAUGUUGUGCAGGGGGGAGCAGCAACAGGGGAAUUCCUUUGCAAGCACCCUGAUGUGGCCAAGGUGUCAUUCACUGGCAGUGUCCCUACUGGCUCCAAGAUCAUGGAGAUGGCAGCUAAAUCCAUCAAGCCUGUGACCCUAGAGUUGGGAGGGAAGUCUCCUCUUAUUAUCUUUUCAGACAGUGACCUGGAGAAUGCUGUGAAUGGGGCAAUGAUGGCAAAUUUCCUUACCCAGGGCCAGGUGUGCUGCAAUGGGACACGUGUCUUUGUCCAGCGUGAUAUUUUAGAAAAGUUCACAGAAGAGGUCGUAAAAAAGGUGAAGAAAAUUAAAAUUGGAGAUCCACUCUUGGAGGACACCAGAAUGGGGCCUCUAAUUAAUCAGAUCCAGCUGGACAGAGUAUUUGGCUUCCUUAAAUCCGCUCGACAACAGGGAGCCAAAUUCCUGACUGGUGGGGAGCCCUACACCCCAGAAGACCCUAAAUUGAAGGGAGGAUUUUUUAUGACCCCCUGCGUUUUAGGAGGCUGCACGGACGACAUGACUUGUGUUAAGGAAGAAAUUUUUGGUCCUGUGAUGUCAAUCCUUCCCUUUGAUAGCGAGGAAGAGGUUUUGGCGAGGGCCAAUGAUACCACGUAUGGCUUGGCAGGAGGAGUCUUCACCAGGGACAUUCAGCGGGCACACAGAGUGGUGGCUGCAUUGCAAGCUGGCAUGUGCUUCAUUAACAACUACAAUGUGAGCCCAGUGGAGCUGCCCUUUGGAGGAUACAAAAAGUCUGGCUUUGGACGGGAGAAUGGACAGGCGGCCAUGGAGCAUUACUCCCAGCUCAAGACAGUCUGUGUGGAGAUGGGGAAUGUUGAGUCGGUUUUUUAGGUGGAAUAAUACAUGGCUGAAGUACCCAUGUACAGUGAAAAUGUUUCAUGGUUGACAACUUUCUAUAAAGCUUUUUAUGCUAAA